UACAUUUGAUCCUACGCCAAGAUUAAAAUCUAGCCCCGUACCUGUUUUAUUUAUUCCUUUUAAAAAUGAUGAGAAUAUGUGUAAUUAUUGUGGAGAUAAAUACUCCGUAACACUUAAAUUUAAACAAAAAUAUUGUAAAAAUUGUUUGUUUUUGUAUAUUAAAGAUACAAAGGGCAAUGAUACAUACUUGGAUACAUAUAUAAUUACAAAUAAUGCUCAGUGUAUCAAACAUGAAGUAAAUAGGAAUAAUUUUAAUACAAUGAAUAUUCAAGAAUGGUGUGAAUAUUGUUCUGAGGUUUCAUAUUUUAGACAAGUAAUCCCAAAUACCUUGUCGUUCAAUAAUUAUUGUACUCAUAAAAAAAUAGAUUGUGAAUUAUGUGAUAAACAAUGGUCAUCAUAUUUAUCUAAGCAUGGCCAAGAUUGUUACCAAAUUUUUUCUGGAUGGGUAGAAUCAACUUUGAUUAGAGCAUCCAUUUCAAUUCUAUAUUUACCGUGGUGGGAUAAUUGUAAUAAGUGCUCAUUUUGUGAAUUAGACCUAAAAUACAUACUACACCAAGAGUCAGAAUCUUACUAUCAAAAAUGGUGUUCUAAAUGCUAUGUAAUUUAUACUGGAUGUAGGUAUUGUUUAAC